AAAAGGUAAAGAAUCCAAAUUAUUCAGAAAUGGCGUUACUUCACUUCACUUCACUAUUUUUAAGGCCAUAGAACUCAUCGAUUAUCAGCUCUCUCUUCUGCAACUCAACGCCAAUGGCUUCUCCCUCACUUUCAAAAUCCAAUUUCUCCCUUCACUCCUUCUCUUCUUCUCCAUCCUUGUCACAGUUCCCUCAUUUCACUUCCAUCACCGUUGUUCAACCCAAAUUCUUCCCUUCGCAGCUCACCUUCAAACGCUGUCAAAAUGCUCCUUCUUUCCCGAUUAUCAGAGCCCAAAACUCUCCAGAUUUCGUCCCUGAUGCGAAGUUUUACAAAGUUGAAGCAAUUCUAAGACCUUGGAGAAUUCAACAGGUUUCUUCGGCACUACUGAAAAUGGGCAUUCGUGGUGUCACUGUUUCGGAUGUUCGUGGUUUUGGCGCCCAAGGUGGCUUGACUGAGAGGCAAGCUGGCUCUGAAUUCUCUGAAGACACGUUUGUUGCAAAAGUUAAAAUGGAAAUUGUUGUCAGCAAAGACCAGGUUGAAGGAGUCAUUGCCAAGAUAAUUGAAGAGGCAAGAACUGGUGAAAUAGGUGAUGGAAAGAUAUUCUUGACUCCCAUCUCCGAUGUUAUAAGAGUUCGCACUGGUGAACGGGGAGAAAAGGCAGAGAGGAUGAUGGGAGGGCAUGCUGAUAUGUCCUCUGCAUUAUCAACUUCUUGAGCGGCAACGCCUCUAUCUUGAAGUUGAAACGUUUAAUCAUCUUUAGUUGUGUGCAGUCAAGUAGGGAACAAAAUAAAUAAGUUGGAGACUUACCAUGUACCUGUGGUUUCAGUAGCCAAUUUCCAUAAAAAUCGUAGCUUAACAGCCAUUUCGUAUAUGCACACUUCAGCUCAAUCGUGGUAACUUUGCCCCCUCCCCCGUUUUGGGUGAAGUUGUGCUGUAAUAUGUUGGUCGAUCACUGUGGAUAUUGAAUGAUAAGCUAUUCAAGCAAUUUCCUAAA